CGCGUAACGGGUGUUGCAUUGCACAGGCUACAUCCGUCAGUCAAAUGCAGAGCGUGAUCAGCCGCACCUUACCCCGCGCAAAUCCCAUUCGCACAGCUCCCCACACUGAGGACAUGGCAAGGAAGACAGCUUCAACUUGCAGCACUGUUACGGUAUCUUUCUCACUGGUUCGAUUCUGGGUUCAACAACUGACCGGCCACUGUGCCGUAUUCCCACUACGGAAGGCUGCCACGUAGGCCAUAUAUACCAAGAUCGUACCACAUGCACCCGUCACAUCACAUCCGCACAGAAGUAUGCGGCUUUUACGUCGUACUCACAACGGCGAACUCAGCAUCACCAACGACAUAGUGGACGAGGAUGCAAUUCCUCCCUAUGCGAUACUUUCUCACACCUGGGGAGCAGAAGCGGACGAGGUUACCUUCGACGACUUAGCAAGUGGUUCUGGUAAAACAAAGCCUGGCUAUAGGAAGGCCCGUUUCUGUGGGGAACAGGCAUGGCGAGAUGGCCUAGAGCAUUUUUGGGUUGACACCUGCUGCAUUCAUAAGGCAAACAAAGCUGAGCUUUCCCAUGCUAUUAACUCCAUGUUCCGUUGGUACCGCAACGCAAGUCGAUGCUACGUCUACUUGGCAGAUGUCUCCAGCCGUACCCCUGCGAUGGACAAAGAAGAAAGUCAUCCGCCGCUGUGGGAAUUGGAGUUUCGGCGAAGCAGAUGGUUUACUCGGGGUUGGACGCUCCAAGAGCUUUUAGCUCCGGACGUGGUCGAGUUCUUUGCCCACGAUUGGGAGAGGCUCGGUGAUAAGACGCUGCUGUGCCAAAAAAUCCAUGAGAUCACAGGUAUCUCGAAAGCAGCGCUCCAGGGAGCUCCUCUAACCCAGUUUAAUGUCGAGGAACGCCUGUCGUGGAACGUACACAGGCAUACUAAGCUCGAGGAAGACAGAGUAUACUCAUUGCUGGGCAUCUUCGAUGUCUAUCUAUCUCCUUUCUAUGGCGAAGGAGCAAGCAAAGCGCGAGACCGGCUCACGGAUCAAAUUGACAAGCGAAAUCGGUGUAUGCAAGACUUGCGUGACACAGAUCCGCGUAAUGACAAGAAACGCAUUGAGGAGACUAAGGGAGGCCUGCUAACGGAUUCAUACCGCUGGAUUCUGGACAAUGCCAGCUUUGAGCAAUGGCUCAACAAGCCGCAGAGCCGGCUGCUGUGGAUCAAGGGUGAUCCUGGGAAAGGCAAGACGAUGCUGCUCUGCGGCAUCAUCGACGAGCUGCAAAGUUCGAUGCAUAGAACUGCUCUUUUAUCGUAUUUCUUCUGCCAAGCGACCGACUCGCGCAUUAACAGUGCUACAGCUGUGCUGCGGGGACUUCUGUACAUGCUUGUUAGCGAGCAGCCGUCGCUUGUCUUGCACGUUCGCAAGACGUACGACCAUGUGGGCAAAAAUUUAUUCGAGGACGCAAACGCCUGGGUUGCUCUAACGGAGAUAUUUACAGACGUGCUACAAGAUCCAAACCUAAAAGCUACAUAUUUAAUCAUCGAUGCGCUAGAUGAGUGCGUUAUCGGCUUACCGAUGCUGCUCAACUUUGUCUCAAAACAGUCAUCUGCGUCGUCCCGUAUCAAGUGGAUUGUCUCUAGCCGCAACUGGCCGGUGAUCGAAGAACGGCUAGAUCAGGUAGACCACAAAGUAAAGCUGAGCCUAGAGCUAAACACAGAGUCCGUGUCGGCGGCUGUUAGCGUAUACAUCAAGCAGAAGGUGUCUCAGCUAGCGCAGCACAAAAAGUACGACGAGCAGACUAAAGACGCCGUGCUGAAAUAUCUAAUGACAAAUGCGCACGAUACUUUCCUCUGGGUAGCGUUGGUGUGUCAGAGCCUUGAAGCGACGUCAAAACGUCACGCGCUAAAGAAGUUAAGCUCGUUUCCGUCUGGACUGGACUCCCUGUACGAGCGGAUGAUGCAGCAGGUGAGCAAGUCAGACGAUGCUGAGCUCUGCAAGCAGUUGCUAGCUUCUCUUGCGCUCGUGUACCAACCGGUCACGCUGCAGGAGCUGACGGUCCUUGUCGAACAGCUAGAUGACUUAGUUGACGACACAGAAUCGAUACGAGAGGUAGUCGGCCUUUGUGGCUCGUUCCUUACCCUGCAAGAAGAGACCGUCUACUUCGUUCAUCAGUCGGCCAAAGAAUUUCUACUCGCCAACGCAGCUGGAGAAGUGUUCCCGCGUGGAAGAGAGGAUGUCCAUCACACCAUCUUUGCUAGAUCACUCCAAAACCUAUCAAUGACCCUGCAUCGAGACAUGUACAGCUUAAAAGCACUUGGACACCUUAUUGAGGAUGUCAGACAGCCAGACCCUAAUCCGUUAGCAGCAUCGCGUUACUCGUGUGUCUACUGGGUGGACCAUCUGUGCGACUCACAUCCCAUAUCUUCAGUGAGCUAUGCGGACGAUAUCCAGGACAACGGCGUUUUGGACGUGUUUCUCAAGGAAAAGUACCUAUACUGGCUAGAAACUCUUAGUCUUUGCAUGAGUAUGCCGAAAGGCGCGCUAUCGAUGACAAAGCUACUCGCGCUGGUUCAGGGAUGUGAAAAGACAACUUUACUUACUGAGCUUGUUUAUGAUGCGCGCCGAUUCCUUAUGUACCAUAAAGGAGCCAUCGAGCGCAGUCCACUUCAAGCAUAUGCAUCUGCGUUAUUAUUCAGUCCAACAGCGAGCUUGGUGAGAAAGUUAUUCCAGCAUGAAGAGCCAAAAUGGAUCACUAUCAAGUCGGCUAUGGGCGACGGCUGGAGCGCGUGCCUGCAGACGCUCGAGGGUCACAGCAGGUAUGUCAACUCAGUGGCCUUCUCACACGACUCAACGCUGCUGGCAUCAGCGUCUAGCGACAGGACUGUCAAACUCUGGGAUGCGGAUAGCGGCGAAUGUCUGCAGACCCUCAGGGGCCAUAAUCACUCUGUCAUUUCAGUGACCUUCUCGCACGACUCGGCCUGGCUGGCGUCGGCGUCACAUGACAAUACGAUCAAGAUCUGGGAUACGAGCAGCGGUGCAUGCCUGCAGACGCUCAAGGGCCAUAGCAGUGGUGUCAUCUCUGUGGCCUUCUCGCACGACUCGGCCCAGUUGGCAUCGGCGUCGGGUGACAUCACCGUUAGGAUCUGGGACGCGAGCAGCGGUGCAUGUCUGCAGACGCUCGAAGACCAUAGCGACUUUGUCAGCUCAGUGACCUUCUCGCACGACUCGGCCUGGCUGGCGUCGGCGUCACAUGACAAUACGAUCAAGAUCUGGGAUGCGAGCAGCGGUGCAUGCCUGCAGACGCUUAGGGGCCAUAGCGAUAUACUCACCUCUGUGGCCUUCUCUCACGACUCGAUGCGGCUAGUCUCAGCGUCUAACGAUAGCGCUGUUAAGAUAUGGGAUACGAACAGCGGUGCAUGCCUGCAAACACUCAAGGGCCAUAGCAGUGGUGUCAUCUCUGUGGCCUUCUCGCACGACUCGACCCGGCUGGCAUCUGCGUCCGACAAUACCAUCAAGAUCUGGGAUGCGAGCAGCGGCGCGUGCCUGCAGACGCUCGAGGGCCAUAGCGAGUGGGUUAGCUCAGUAGCCCUCUCACACGACUCAACACGGCUAGUGUCAGCGUCGGGGGAUAACACUGUCAAGAUCUGGGAUGUGCGCAAUGACAAGUACAUACAGACGCCUAGAGAUCAUAGCAAUGAUGUUUAUUCAAUGACCUUCUCACACGACUCGACACGGCUAGCAUCUGGGUCAAAGGACUGCACUAUUAAGAUCUGGGAUGCGAACAGCGGUGCAUGCCUGCAAACACUCAAGGGCCAUAGCAGUGGUGUCAUCUCUGUGGCCUUCUCGCACGACUCGACCCGGCUGGCAUCUGGGUCAAAGGACUGCACUAUUAAGAUCUGGGAUGCGAGCAGCGGCGCGUGCCUGCAGACGCUCGAGGGCCAUAGAGAGUGGAUUAGCUCAGUAGCCCUCUCGCACGACUCAACACGGCUAGCAUCUGGGUCAAAGGACUGCACUAUUAAGAUCUGGGAUGCGAGCAACGGCGCCUGCCUGCAGAUGCUCGAGGGGCAUAACAAUCAUGUCACGUCAGUGGCCUUCUCGCACGACUCGGCGCAGCUGGCAUCUGCGUCGAUGGAUUGGACUGUGAAAAUAUGGAAUGUUAAUAGUGGCGGAUGCCUGCAGACACUCAAGGGCCAUGGUAGCACGGUCAACUUAAUAGCCUUCUCGCACGACUCGACACGGCUGGCGUCGGCGUCGCGUGACAACACUGUCAAAAUCUGGAAUGCGAGCAGCGGCGCAUGCCUGCAGACGCUCGAGGGCCAUAGAGAGUGGAUUAGCUCAGUAGCCCUCUCACAUGACUCAACACGGCUAGCAUCAGCGUCGUACGAUAACAGGGUCAAAAUAUGGGAUACAAACAACGGCACGUGCUUACAAACCUUAAACAUUGGCAGGAAAACAUCUAAGUUAUCCUUCGAUCCUACUAGCUCUUGUCUCUACACUGAGAUAGGUACUAUCGUUAUUCGGAACUCAGAAGUUUCUACUAGCAUAGGAGUUAUUGCAGAACCUCAACGCCCUACGUAUCUAGGCCCAGGUCUUAGUUCCGACAGCAUAUGGAUCAAGCAUGCUGGCAACAACAUCCUGUGGGUGCCAUCAGAGUAUCGACCAUCAUGCUCGUCUGUGUGCGGGACUUUGGUUGGUAUAGGUGCUGGAUCUGGAAGAGUAUGGACUUGCAGAAUCGACCUUUAACGACUUUAACAAGCAAGCAUUCAUUCGUCUUUUCUAUACCUUAUCUUGUCGUUGUCUCUAUUUUUUGGGAAGGGAACGAGGAUGCAAACGGAUAGGUAAGUUAGACUAGUUAUAUAUCGCUACAUCUAAGCAUCGAGAGCCUACGAGGGAGCGGCUAUCGCUGUCUGGUGUCACAGAAACGAAUUCUAGGCAUGUAAUGCUUCCUUUUGCCUCGUGAGUUGGUAUUGUCACUGUACACCACCGCGCUCGUUUUCUAGGUCGAUAUUAGUGGUGAUGAGGGCGGUGAAGAACAUCGAGCGAGCGGCCAACGACGAUCUCGCACGUUCAGAUUCUAAGUAUAGCCACGAGAUGGAUGUGAGCCUGAGCAGAAGCUUUGAGAAGCAUGCACUAUAGUAUAAGCUGUUUCAGCAUAGCGUAGUGUAUAAUGCAGGCCGUUAAAUAUAAUUAUAGUAGUGCUCGC